UAUCCAACAAUUUCUAUCAUAAUUUUCUAACCAAAUGAUGGUGUGAUUUAAUUAUUAUAUAUUGUGUUCAUCAAUAAUAAAUAAUUUUCAUAAUAUUAAUAAUAAAUAAAAUAAAAAUGUUUAUUAAAUACUUAUUAUUCGCCGUUAUUGUCAUAAAUGCAGUCAACUGUCAAAACAUUAGAGUCCGACGUCAAGGUGUUAAAGGAUAUYCACCACAACAACAGCAAAUAGGAACUGGAUAUCGACCGCCACCACCACCUCCACCGCAAUCGAAAGUAAUUGCAACCCAACGCACCCGUCCUUCUCGUCCGAGACCUCCACCGCGACCACAACUUCAAGAAGACGAGGGAUCGGUCAACGCGGCCGACGGCGAGGCCAAUGCUGAGCCACCGAUUUAUGGCGGCGUUAUGGGAACGCCUGGCGUCGACUUUCCCGGCUAUACUCAGAUACCGAAAACCAGUUUCACCUGUACUGGCCAGCCAUACGAACCGGGAAUGUAUGCCGAUAUGGAAGCCCAGUGUCAGAUCUAUCACAUGUGCUUUCAGGGACGCAAAGAGAGCUUCAUGUGUCCGAUCGGCACUGUCUUCAAUCAGGCCAUACUUGGCUGCGAUUACUGGCAUUCAGUAGACUGUUCGGCGACACCRAACUUCUAUGGAAUCAAUGAAGAAUUAGGCAAAGCCGGUGCCGAACCGGGACCGGGAGGCGCGCCACCGCCGGCCAGACAACAACAACAAGGCAAGCAACCGCCCCGUAGACCAGCGCCAGCAUUACCAAGACCUCAACCUCCCAGACAGCAACCGCCACCACAAAAAAUCAAUGUCAUAGCGCCGCCACCACAGCAUCAAAUAGCCGCCAAAAUCCCGCAGCGACCACAACCCCCGGCUCCACAACCGUUCAGACCACAACCCGUAGCGCCACAACCACAGCCACCGCGAAAACUACCGCCACAGAGACCGUACCCACAACAGCCCCAACAGCAGCGUCCUUAUCAACCUCAGCCCCAACAGCCUCGUCCUUAUCAGCCACAACCUCAACAGCGACCAUUAGCACCGAUACCGCGACCCCAACCCUAUCCUCAACCUCAACAAAGACCAUACGUUCCACAGCCGCCGCCACAGCCCAGACCGCAACCGCGACCAAUUGGCAAAACUCAACCCAAACCACAACAACAACAACAAGAAACUAGUGACGAAACUUUAGCACCCGUUCAGAGACCGCCGGCAUCACCACCGCGACGGCCAAUAAGUAAGACCAGUCCACCCAAGAGUAUUAUCGGCGGACAAUCGCGUCAGAGACCGACACCGGGACAGCAAAAGCCAAAACCCAAACCUAUACCKCAAGUGCCUGAAGAACAAGAAGAACAGCCACAAGUGAUUGAUGCUGAAGAACCCGUUGAUGAACAACAAGAAGAACCAAAAAAUCAGAUUAAACCACAACAAGAGGAACCAAUCGAUGAGCCAAAAGAUGCUGAAGAACCAGAGGAACCGCAAGAAACAGAUGAACAACCAAAAGAAGAAGACAAAGAAGAGGAUCAGCCACAGGACUCUGACGAUGAAACUAUUGUCGAACCGAUAGCUCCGUUACAGCCACCUAAAGAAAGACAACAACAACAACAGCCAUCACAGGAGACACAAGACGAGGACCAAGAAGAAGAAAAAKACGAGAAUCCAACAGAAGAUGAUGAACCUGUAGAAGAUGCUGGAGUUCCACCAAAACCGAGUCCCAGACCUAAACCCAAACCACAGGAACAGCCAAAACAAGAAUCUGCUGACGAAGAGCCACAACAACCGGAAGAACAACAGCGCGAUGUCGAACCCGUAGAGGAAGACCAACAACCAGAUCAACCUGAAGAAUCUGAAGAGCCUGAARAACCAGAACAAAAACCCGAACAAAAACCGUUAGCCACUCAAAGACCAAGACAACAGCCAAAACCGAAGCCAACCCGACGACCCGUUCAACAGCCAGARCCCGAAGAGCCGCAACAAAGCGACGAAGAGCCCGAAGAACCAGUAGAUCAGGAACCAGAAGAACAGAAACCGAAACCAAAGCCAACUCAACGACCAAAAACUGCUCAAAAACCGGUUCAACGCCAGCGUCCAACUCAACGACCGAUAAAACCGGCGCCGAAACCACAGAAACCGACACCCGAUGAACAACAGUUCGAAGAGGAUGACCAACAGAUAGAACAGCUCCGGGAUACCGAACCGUAUGAUAAAUGAUAGGCAUUGACACCACAAUAUCAUACAAUAUUGCACUGGGAUUUCUAUGCCUAUCCGGUGCUGCCAAACCUAAUUGUGCUCAAUUAGUUUUAAUUUUAAUUUUUUUUCGUUGUCUAUUUAGAUAUAAAUAUUAGUUUAUAUAUUUUGUUAAUUGCAAA